GUUUGGAACAAUGGCUCUGCGUUUUUCAGUUUUGUUUGAUUCAGUGGGAAGGGAAGGACAACUUCAUGUUCCUCCAACACUCUUCGGCUGCGCUCCUGAUACCAUUCCCCGUUGUUUUAUGCCUUUAAUCUUCGUUUGUCCUGGCCAAUUGAUCAGAGGAAGAAGAAAUUAUAAAUGUUGGGUUGAGUGUAGAAAAGAACAGAAGAGAUGGGUCGGGGGAUCUCAGCUAUAUUUCGCACACGCUACCUUCUCCUCGCCAUCCCCGCUUUCGUUCUGAUCUAUUUCGCUGCCUCCUCCUUUCUCCAGCUAGGAGAAAACGUUGAAGAGGUGUUUGAAGUAACCCAUAGAGUAUUUUUGGAUGUCGAUAUCGAUAAGCAGCGUAUAGGAAGAAUUGUUAUCGGAUUAUAUGGCAAAGAUGUACCAAAAACAGCUGAGAACUUCAGGUCAUUGUGCACAGGGGAGAUGGGGAAGACUGCAAAAGGAAUUUCCCUUCAUUAUAAGGGAACGCCAAUUCACCGCAUAAUACCUGGGUUCAUGAUUCAAGGUGGAGAUAUUGCAUACGGUGAUGGAAGGGGAAACGAGUCCAUAUAUGGAGGUAGCUUUCCUGAUGAAAACUUCAAGAUCAAGCACUCCCACCCAGGUGUUGUUUCCAUGGUGAACUUUGGACGCGAUUCUAAUGGCUGCCAGUUUUUCAUUACGACUGUCAAGACAAGCUGGUUGGACGGGGAGCAUGUUGUGUUUGGGAAAGUUAUUGAAGGGAUGGACACAGUGUAUGCGGUCGAGGGGGGAGCCGGGACCUACAGUGGGAAACCUAGGAAGAAGGUCACCAUUGCUGAUUCUGGAGAGAUCCCUAAGAGCCAGUGGGAUGAUGAUGAUGAUGAUGAUGAUGAAAAGGCAACUCUGCAGAGCUCAACAACAUCAUCAUAAAUCAGCUAUAGGGGUACAACUUGCUUUGUGUGAACCAUUUUUUUCCCUGCAACUUUUCGACCCUUUGGGUUUGUGAAUGUGUGUAGUAUGUCUUGGUCAUUUUUUUACGUAGGUGGACGUACACAUUAUUAGUAUUCCCUUGUUCUAACAUUUUGGCUACAUGCUCUAAUUUUGGCAAUGGCCAUUUGUACACGAAUUUCUUCAUUAUACAACUGUUGGGUGAGAAGGUUUGAAAAGAAACCCUUGAUGUGAGCAAGGCAGUAGGUGGAUUAUGACCAAAAUACCGGGUAUGCCCUACCAAUUAACAACUAAUUAAUUACUUCGUAUAUG